UCAAAUCCAGAACCCCGCGAAAUACUAAACAGAACCAAGGAGAUAAGAGAAACAAAACGAACACCAGAAAGCCAGUUUGUGACUAUAAUCAGGAGAGAGAAAACUCGUACUAUCCUCCAAUGGCGUCCACAACCCCCGCCACAACCACCAAGCUCUUCCACAGCCUCUCCUCUUCUUCUUCGUCUUCUCAUUAUCGUCGCUUUGCUCUUUCUACUCAACCUCAACCUCAACCUCAAAAACGUCGAUACAUCUCUCCAAGAGCUUGUUCAUCGCCGCAAUCGCAACCACGAAGAGACUUCUUAGUGCAAUCUACUGCUGCUGUUGCUGCUUUUUCGAUUUCUUUGCCUCUUUCUACACUUCCGGCGAAAUCUGAGGAUUUGCUUGCUGAAUGGGAGCGUGUUUAUCUUCCUAUUGAUCCUGGUGUUGUUCUUCUUGAUAUUUCUUUUGUUCCUGAUGAUCUUAGUCACGGAUUUCUGUUAGGGACAAGACAAACUAUUUUAGAGACAAAAGAUGGAGGACAGACUUGGGUCCCGCGUUCUAUACAAUCAGCUGAAGAAGAGGAUUUUAAUUACAGAUUCAAUUCUAUAAGUUUCAGAGGAAAGGAAGGUUGGAUAGUGGGUAAACCUGCUAUUCUGUUGUAUACUAAUGAUGCUGGUGAAAACUGGAAAAGAAUACCCUUGAGCUCUCAGCUUCCUGGAGAUAUGGUAUAUAUCAAAGCAACCGGAGAAAACAGCGCAGAGAUGGUAACUGAUGAGGGAGCAAUAUACACUACUUCAAAUGGAGGUUACAACUGGAAGGCUGCUGUACAGGAGACUGUCUCAGCUACUCUUAACAGAACAGUCUCAAGCGGUAUAAGUGGUGCAAGUUACUACACAGGUACCUUCAACACUGUGAACCGUUCCCCAGAUGGGCGUUAUGUUGCUGUUUCAAGCCGUGGAAACUUUUUUUUAACUUGGGAACCAGGCCAGCCUUACUGGCAGCCGCAUAACCGAGCAAUUGCCAGAAGAAUUCAGAACAUGGGUUGGAGAGCUGAUGGUGGUCUAUGGCUGCUUGUUCGUGGUGGUGGGCUGUAUCUAAGUAAAGGCAAUGGGAUAUCAGAGGACUUUGAGGAAGUGCCCGUACAAAGUCGUGGUUUUGGCAUUCUUGACAUUGGGUAUCGCUCACAGGAUGAAGCUUGGGCAGCCGGAGGAAGUGGGAUAUUAUUGAGAACCACAAAUGGUGGCAAGAGCUGGACACGAGACAAAGCAGCUGAUAACAUAGCCGCAAAUCUUUAUUCUGUAAAGUUUAUUGAUGAGAAGAAGGGAUUUGUGCUUGGAAAUGAUGGGGUUUUGCUUAGAUACCUUGGAUGAAGAUGAUAUUAUAUGCACAUGGUCCCUCAACAAUUCCGAUCUUGUUUUGUGUGUCGAUACCCUUACAAUUGUGCCCAGGGAAGCUAAGAAGAUUCAUUCAUUCUCUAAUAAUAUGGUAAUUAUAACAGGCCUUUUAUUUUGUAUUAAAUUGUUAUACAUACUGUUCUUGUUGGAAAACCACUCUCUUUUCCUGCAAGGAUUAGAAUGACUAAUCGGAACGGAUUAGCAUGAUUGGUUUUGUAAAUUCUUGAGAAAUCUUCAUCAAUAUUUUUAGUUUGAGCCUA